AUGAGCACCUUCAUGCUCCUAAUGAGCGGUAUUUUAUUUGCCAUCAUGUUUGCCUUCUGGAAAAAUCUAUUUCAGAGAAACACUGGUGAAAUGUCAUCAAACCUGCCUUCUCAUGCACUAGUAAGAUCAUCUUCUCGUUCUGGCUCAACUAAGAGCGUUAUUCAUAAGAGUCUUUCAGUCCACAGCCUCUCUCAGGAUAUAUUAAAUAAUUUGCCACAUUCGAUAGCCAUGCAGAAGCGAAUAUUGAUAAACCUAAGGAUCGUGGAAUACAAGCUGGCUGAAUUGGAACUUUUCCUAGUUAUCAAAGGUUUAAGUGGUGUAUUAGAUACCCACAAAUCCACUGUAAAUCUUACAAAAUGUAAUAACAGGAGAGGCAAUCAUUAA